AUGAAUAAAGAAUUAUUCAAUGAAAAAUUAUUUUCAACUUUAGAUAAUGGUGAAAUUGAAAACUCUAGAGAUUGGAGUAAUUCAGUUGAUCCAAGUUGUAAUUAUAACGAUGUUGUUGGUUUAUUAAAAAGUUGGGAAUCAUUAAAUACCAUUAAAUUAGAUUAUAUCGAUUCAAUUGUAAAUUGUUUAACAGAUGCAGGUAAAGAAGUUUUAAAGAAUGGUUCACCAGAAGCAAGAUUAUAUCAAUCAUUAACAGCAGAAGGUAUGUCACCAGCAGAUGCAAAUAAACAAUUUGGUGCAAGUGCAUUUGGAUCAGCAAAGAAUAAAGGUUGGAUUGAAAUUGUUAAAGGUAAAAUCUUAAGAAAAGCAGAAUCAAUUGUAGAUACAGUCAAACAAGAUUUAGAGGGUGACCUUUCAAAAUUAGAUGCCAAAAUUUUAACAGAUUACAAGAAAGCUCGUUUCGUUGAAGAAAAGAAAAUGUCAUUCUACAAGGUUAGUAAAGGUGAACAAUACAAUAAAAGAUCAAAAGAGUUAUCAGAUCUCACUACAGAUAUGUUAAAGGAUGAAUCAUGGAGCAAAGAGUCAUUCAAAGUCAAUAUUAAUGCAAUGGGUCUUGUACCAGAAAGUGGUUAUCGUCAUCCAUUAAGCAAGGUUAAAAACGAAUUUAAACAAAUCUUUUUAGAUAUGGGUUUUGAAGAAAUGCCAACUUUUAAUUUCGUAGAAAAUGGCUUCUGGAAUUUCGAUGCACUUUUCCAACCACAACAACAUCCAGCUCGUGAAUCACACGAUACCUUCUUUAUUAAAGAUCCAAUGACCAGUCACGAUUUCACCGAUGAACAUUUAGAACGUGUUAAAAAAGUUCACAGUGUUGGUGGUUAUGGCUCCUUAGGUUGGAUUUAUGAUUGGAAGAUUGAAGAAGCCGAAAAAAAUAUUCUCAGAACUCAUACAACUGCUGUUUCUGCUCGUAUGUUAUAUAAACUCGCACAAAAUGGUUUCAAACCAAAAAAAUAUUUCUCAAUCGAUCGUGUUUUCCGUAAUGAAACUUUAGAUGCUACUCAUUUAGCUGAAUUCCAUCAAGUCGAAGGUGUCAUUGCUGAUGUAGAUAUUUCAUUAUCUCAUUUAAUUGGUGUCAUUUCAGAGUUUUUCAAACGUUUAGGUAUCGAUAACAUUCGUUUCAAACCAGCUUUCAAUCCAUAUACCGAACCAUCAAUGGAAAUUUUUGGUUAUCAUCCAAUGCUCAAACGUUGGGUCGAAUUAGGUAACUCUGGUAUUUUCCGUCCAGAAAUGUUACUCCCAAUGGGUUUACCAGAAAAUGUUAGAGUUGCUGCUUGGGGUCUUUCUCUCGAACGUCCAACUAUGAUCAAAUACGGUUUAGAUAAUAUCCGUAAUAUUUUUGGUAACAAUAUUAAUGUUAAUUUUAUUAAAAAUAAUCCAAUUUGUAUGUUUGAAUCAAAAUAAUUUUUUUUUCUUUCUAAAUAAAAUAAAAUAUAAAAUAUAAAGUAAUUUUAAAAUAAAACAUUUAUUAAAUUAAUAUUGUCAUAUGAUAUUUAAUUUAAUAUUAAUUUAUUUUUUAGUUUUAU